CAGUGCGCAUGCGCCGCCGGACGGGUGGGCAGCUACCCCCUGGAUGAAGGAGAAGUUGUCAGUGGGUCACUCGGUCUAUCAAUGCCAAAUCCUCACUAUGCACUGGUCCUGCUUAUAGAGAUGCUGACAGCUGACUGCUUGCUCCCUUUGGAAAUCAGUUGUUGCAGUUGAGUGCUCUUUUAAAUAUUAAUAAGCCGGACCUCCUAAAACGUUUAGGCUAUACUGAAAGUCGCAUGAUAUGGAUUAAUGUGGAAAAACUUCCUUGACUGGUUGGUAAAAAAAAAAAAAUGGUCAGAACACACUGAGGAAUCGAGCGUAUGGAUUACAAGUGAAGUCAGUGGUUGCUCCGUAUCUCAAGGGAAGACAUUUGAGAAGAUGAAGAUCCGUUCAGAGUUGGAUUGAUGCAAAGUUUGUCUGAAGUCUUGGAGGUUUCUCGCAGGAAUAUGGGAUAUUCUGAAUUAAUGGUUUAUGAGUAUAAAACCGCAUCCCUUGUGGCUUUUAUGCGUUUUCCCAUGUGUCCUCUUUACUUUAAAUCCGAAACAAAGCUACUGGAAGUCUUGUGACGGCUGGGGGAAACAGUGGAUACUUGUCUGGAGCAAUUCUGUUGGAUCUAUUGAAUUAACUUUGGAAUUUCUCUGCCCAAUGACAUUUCCAAAGUUGUUAGUUGGUUCCUUUUUGCAGCGUCUCCUCAUUUUAUUAGUUUCAUUUACCAAGCCAUUAACUUAACAGGGUCUAGACCAAAACCCUGAGGUAUUUUAGUCGCAGAGGUUUGUGACAGUAUGCGGGGAUGCACGGGAUUCCCGAUGGCCGUCUCGGUGGUAUUGACACUUUUGACCAUCAUUAACGUGAAGGCGAGUGGAGAAUACUGUCACGGUUUUCAUGACUCUCAGGGUGAAUGGAGAGACGGUUUUCCGUGUCCGGAGCGCUUCGACAGCGCCGAGGCCAUCAUCUGCUGCGGGAAAUGCGAGCUCAGAUACUGCUGCUCCAGCUCAGAAGCUCGCCUGGACCAGGGCACAUGUGAUAACGAUAAAAAGACACAAGACACCAACACCGGGAACAAGGACGAGAAAAAUUCUGGGGCAGUACCCAUCUACGUGCCCUUCCUGAUCGUCGGCUCGGUCUUCGUUGCAUUCGUGCUGGUGGGCUCCGUCGUUGCCGUGUGCUGUUGCCGCUGUCUCCGUCCCAAACAGGAGCCUUCAUCAGGCGGCAGCUCAGGAGGAGGGUCCAGCAGCGCCCGUGUCCUCGAGACGAUUCCCAUGAUGGCCAGCACAGGUACUUCGCGAGGUUCGUCCUCCCGCCAAUCGAGCACAGCCACCUCCUCCAGCUCUUCAGCUCCGCCCGCUGCUCCCCGUCCUGCACCUGCCCCUAUGCUCCGCGCCCAAGCCUCGUGCUGUCUUCCACCAGACGCCAGCGUCUACGUGAACAUGCCUACCAACUUCUCAGUGCUUAACUGCCAGCAAGCCACUCAAAUUCUUCCUCACCAAGGCCAAUUCCUACAUCCUCAGUAUAUCGGUUUCGCCCACCCUAUUACUUCGGCUCCUGCCUACCUAGAUCACGCUCAAGCAGGCUACCGCCCAUUGCAGUCUCCAUUCCCUCCACCAACCAGCGUGGCUAGUGUGUCCAGUGUGACGGGGGAUCAGAAAUACCCUCCGGUUACCAUGUGAAUGCAAAUGGGACUAUCAUAGGAUGCAAGUCUGAAUUGAAAUCACAAGACGAACACACAAAGAAUCAGUUCUGGGCACAAAAUUGAGAGUCAUGACUUGCAACCUUCACAAAUUAGACUCAAUCUGGUGCUUUAUCGAACACAAUAUUGUUUUCUGUGAUAUAAAGGACACAGUGCUUAAGAAAUGACUGGAUGUGUGUGUAACGUGCCUUGAAAAGUGGUAACGGUGCCGUUGUAAAUGAAGCACGUGUGUAUACAUAUGCAAUGUAUAUUUGUGUUGUAUAACCGUGCAUGUGCACUCUGUGCGUGACUGUAUAGGUGUGUUGGUUUAUGAGAUGCAGUAUGUGAAAAUGUGUGUGUGUAGUGCACUAUACAGUAUGUUGUGUGUAAUGGGAAUCACAGGUGCUGUAAUGUGAAAAACAGUCCUGGCUCCCUGUUGGAUGCUUAAAAUGUAAUGAAGUGAACACAGGACACAGACUGUGACGCUCCACCCUCCUGCCCACUGCAACACAUGCACAUACAGUAGACACACACACUUACACUUUUGCAUGCACACACUCACAUUCUGCAGAACCAAAGUCAUUUUCACAUUGUCAAGGAACUGGAUAGAAAAUAAACAAAAAUAUAGGCCUGUGUUUAGGAAAGCAAUGUGCGAAGAUGUGUGUAGCUCAGAUCAGCGGUCUUCAGAAAGCACCAGAGUCAAUUACGCAGUAAAAACUGUCUGCCAACUGUUCCCCUUCACUAAGUCUCUGCCUUGUGAAAAGCUGUGUGUAUGUGUGCCACUUUUCUUCCCCUCUGUUAGCAUAAGGUACACUCAAGGAGUACCAAAAGGGUUCCAGGGCAUUUCAUUUGGAGUGGGUUUCUUUCAGCACGCUCAAAGGCGGCAGUUUAGUGAAAAAAGAAAAGUCCCAGGCUCCUCCAGCAGAAGGCCAUGACCUUUCUGAACUUCUAAAACUCCUGUUUUAGAUCUUAGACUGGCAGAAAAAUCACAAUGAAAUGAAACACUGCCUGAUUUAAAGUCA